GCUUCUGGCUCUUCAGCAACACACCGUGCUAUGCGUCGUUCAGGCUCAAGCGCGUCUCGCCGUCGUACUUCGUUGGCAUCUUCAUCCUUCCGCAGCUCUUUGAGCAAUGAAACCGUCAACCAUGCUGAGGCCAAGUUCUUUGCCUUCCUCGAGAUGGUCGCCACUGCUUCCAAGGAAGCGAUCUCGUUGAAGGAGCUUUGGUCGCAGAUGGCUGCUGAGCGCCGCAACUUUGCUGCCGAGCGUGAAGAGCUUCGUGAGCAGAUCGAAGAAGUCUCUUAUGAGCUCGAGACCAGACAGCAAGACAACCACAAGCACGAUGGUGAACUUAUUGAGCACAAGGAGAAGGUUCGCGCCAUCUCUAUCGAGCUCACUACCGCUAUCAACAGACUUGCUGCAGAGAAGAACAAGCUCUCCGAGCGUGACCAACACAUCGACCGUCUCCGCAACGAGCUCAUUGGCCAGCAAGAACUUCAGGCAACCUUCCGUUCCCAGAUCGACCGCCUCAAGGCAGAGUAUCAGUCUCAUGAGACCCUGUUCAAGGCCAUGCAGGACGACCGUGAUGGUGCAAGAGAAGAUGCCGACAGAUACCAGCGAAGCCUCCAGAGAGUCACCCAAGAGCGCACAGAAAUCAGCUCCAGACUUGAGGAGGUUCAGACCAACCUUGACACCAUCCGCAAGGAGGCUGUCAUCUCUGCCGAGCGCAUUAGAAAGUACGAGCUCGAUCAGGAUGAGAAGAUCCACGAGAUCAACCGUCUGAAGGAAGAGCUUCGCAAGUCUCGCAGCAGAGAGGAGGAGUCUGGCUCAGAGCUUCUCAUCAUCUCCGAGAAGUUCAGCCAGUCUAACCGCGACAUCAGCAAGCUCAAGGACACCCUCCGCACUGUCGAGGCUGAGCGUGAUGAGCUUACUCACAUUGUUGAUGUCAAGAACCGUGAGAUCAAGUCUACUAUUGCCAGACACGACGAAGUUCAGACCCUUCUUCUUGAGAAGACUACCCAGCUCGACGGUCUCAGACGUGAGCUCUCCCUCUUCGAGGAUCGCCUCCGCAGCGCUGAGCUCGAGAGAGAUGAGAAGCACGAAGCCCUCGAGCACCUCCGCGAGCAGCACAAGCUCGUCAUCAUCACCCGUGACGAGCUUCAGAACGAGCUCAUUACCGCUCAGGGCAAGGUUGACGCCUACAAGCGCCAGAUCAACCUUCUCAACGAGACCGCCCAGAAGACUGAGCAGAUCGUCAUCGACUCUCGCGCUGAGAUCACAAACCUCAACGGCACCGUCAAGGGUCUUGAGCGUGAACGCCUCGACUGGCAGAAGAAGAACACCACCCUCAACGACCAGCUCGUUGAGCUCAAGGGCCGCAUCGUCGUUCUCCAAGCCGAGAUCCACGAUGGCAGCGGUGAGCGCGAGGCCCUCCGCGAAGAGCUUCGCAGAUCCCGCGAAGAGCUCGAGGAGGUCACUGAAACCAUUACCCAAGACGAGUCUGCCGAGUUCGAGUUUGAACUUGAAAACAUGCGCGCCAUGCUUCGCGAAGCCCGCGAGCAGAAGGAGCAAGCUAUUGCUGCCCGUGCCUCUGCCGACCGCGAGCGCGAUGAGGUUUACGGCAAAUACGAAUCCAAGUGCCGCGAGCUUGAACGCUUCGAGGAGGAAGCUGCCUCGCAGAUGCGUGCUAUUGCCCAGUCCUCUGGUAGC